AUGUCCCAUUCUCACAAUCAAGACAAGUAUAAAAGCAUUGAAAUUCCCAUAAUUGGUGGAGAAUCUUGGGUUUCCGUUACCGUACCACCUUCAGAGAACCCAAUUGCAUACAAUGUCUUGGCUCGGGCAAUAGUUGAACAUAUACCUGCCAAAUCCUGGAUCACUAUUGCUCCAGGUUCAUUUUACGGUCAUACCAUUGCCAAACUAGAGUCUCAGAAACAUGCUUCGGCGAGCGAGGUGCCAGAAUUGCAGCCUCCACAUUUUGUUACUGGAAUAGCUGCAGCUGUCAACCGCUGUACUUCUGACGUCUUGUGUCUUGUAGUCAAUGCUGAGGGACAAUCCGGCUAUGAACGAGUCGAUGCAGAUGCCUUGGCGGACGUGAGUUAUGUCAUCGGUAGCGCUAUGAAUUUUGGAGCCGAAUAUUCCAAAAACGUUGCCAAGGCCGUAAGGCGAAGCGAGUCCAACAGCAUAUAUGUGUGA